AAUAACGUAGCUAGAGAAGUCUGCUAGGGAGGGGGCUGAAGAACAAAACAAUGACACUGCUUGGAAGGAUCCAAACACAGUAAGACUUUUAAAAAAGACUUUUAAAACGGGAUCGCGCGGAUUUCCUUCCCGUUUAAAAAAAUAAAGAGUCCGCGGACACCCGAGCUUUUGACAUCGACUGGCUGUUGUUUUUGUUGAUAUGUUGUUACAGCUCUGUUGACAAACUGGAGGCUUGCUGCUUGUUAGGACGGGCUAUAAACUGUUAAGGCUCGCUGGCCCGCUAAUUAUAGGUUUUCUUUGCAAAAAGUUGAAACUGUCUGUCGAAACCAACUAGCAGUUAGCUACAUAUUGCUGCUUUGUUGCCAAAUUAUUCACCGACUUUGCCAGCGAGCUAUUGAGGGUCAGUUUGCUAGCUAGCCUGUUGUUAGCAUCAGUAUUUGCACAUUCAUCUUUUCAGGGAGAAUUCAUUGUCUCGGGUUGGUACGAGCACACGUUUUUGUAUUAUUUUAGUUUUAUUCGCUAACGUUAGGUAUAUUUUUAAGUAAUCCUGCUGCUAACUGCUAACUUCACUACACAAACAAGCUAACGUUAACUGUUAAGCUAGUGGUAAAAACACAUCAGGUGUUAAGUUACUCACAGAGACGGCUGUUUCUGCUUUAUUGCUUCACUCUUAGUUGCACUGAAUUAACGUUACAUCAUUAAACCAGUUUUAUCAGUUAUAUUGUUGAGACUAAGUGACUCACUAACCCUCGUACCAUGCAGCUGUUUUAAGUUGAUUUAGUCAUUGUAUUUGUCCAUUUCAGUUGUCAGUAUUAUCGCCUGUUGUACAUUUUUCAUUAACUUGUAUUGGGACUUGUUUGUGCUGUUGUCAAAGGUGUUCCACUAAGCCUUGCUCUGUUUUCAAUUGACCUUGUAAGAAACGAUGAGUGGGCAUGGCUCAUAUUCAGAAAAGGGAGUCAAUACUAGCCUAAUAUGUCAAGAGAGUUAUGCCUGUGGUGGCUCUGAGGAGGCUGCGUUUGAGUGCAAUGAAUGCAAAAGCUUGCAGUGUGCGCGCUGUGAGCUCGAGCUCCACAAUCAGGAGCGUCUGAAGAACCAUGAGCGGGCUCAGAUAGGUCCUGGGCAUGUCCCUUACUGUGACAACUGUAAAGGAGGUAACGGAGACAACGGCAAACGCCAUAGAUCAGUGGUCCGCUGCCAGAACUGCAAAGUUAACUUGUGCCAAGACUGUCAGAAACGCACCCACAGUGUAGGCAGCAAGAAGAAACACCAGCUCACAUCCUAUCCUCCACCACCCAAACCUGCAGAGGUCAACUCUGUCCAGACAGCUGUCCCUACUGCUGUCCAAAUAGCCGAUGAGAUCAAAUCUCAGAGAGAAAAACUUCUGGUGAACGUUUCCAGUUUUCUCUUGGUUGAUGAGAAUGAGGAAAUGCAGGUUAGAGAUGAAACGUCAUUUGUAAAGAGCCUGAGCUGCGAGCCCGACCAGCUGUUGAAGGUGGUGUCCAUAUUUGGAAACACAGGAGAGGGCAAAUCUCACACCCUGAACCACACAUUCUUCAUGGGGAGAGAAGUGUUCAAGACUUCUCCCACACAAGAGUCCUGUACGGUGGGUGUGUGGGCAGCGUUUGACCCCAUCCGAAAAGUAGUAGUUAUUGAUACAGAGGGGCUGCUUGGGAACAGUUCCAAACAGGGCCAGAGAACCCGUCUCUUGCUCAAGGUUCUCGCCAUCUCUGACCUCAUCAUUUACCGUACCCAUGCCGACCGCCUCCAUGAUGACCUCUUCAAGUUCCUCGGGGACGCCUCGGAUGCUUACUUGAAGCAUUUCACCAAGGAACUGAAGGCCACGACGGCCCGCUGUGGCCUGGAUGUUCCACUGUCCACCCUGGGCCCUGCGGUGGUCAUCUUUCACGAAACAGUCCACACUAAGUUGCUCGGUUCAGAUAAGUCAUCUGAGUCAGUAGAUCGUCUGCUGUCGGAGCGCUUCAAGAAGCUUUCCCGUUUCCCAGAGGCCUUCAGUUCCGUCCAGUACUGGGGAACGCAGACCCUCAGCCCCCCUACUGACUUCCGUGGCCUGCAGAAUAAACUGGAGCAGCUCCUGGAUAACAACGCCACCCGUUCCCCACGCACCCCAAUGGUCAUCUUCAAAGCCCUGCAGGCAUUGAGUGAGCGCUUCAAUGGGGAAAUAACAGGUGAGCUUGUUGCCCACAGCUGCUUCUUCCCUGAUGAGUACUUCACCUGCUCCAGCCUGUGCCUGGGUUGUGGAUCUGGCUGCAAGAACAGCAUGAACCACUUAGUAGAAGGAAUGUGCCACGAGGCAAAGCAUCGUUGCCGUUAUUCUGCUCAGUAUGAUAACCGCAUCUACACCUGUAAGGCUUGCUAUGAAGGGGGAAAGGAAGUGAUAGUUGUCCCUAAGACCUCAGCUUCCUCAGACUCUCCAUGGAUGGGCCUCGCCAAAUACGCCUGGUCUGGGUAUGUUAUUGAAUGUCCCAACUGCGGAGUGAUUUAUCGAAGCCGUCAAUACUGGUACGGGAACCAGGACCCUGUGGAUACGGUUGUCCGUACUGAGAUCGAACAUGUAUGGCCAGGGUCGGAUGGCUUUUUAAAGGACAACAGCAAUGCAGCGCAGCGUCUCCUGGAUGGAGUCAACCUAGUGGCCCAGUCUGUGUCAGAGCUCAGUGUCAAGCCUGCCAAGGCCGUCACCUCUUGGCUGACAGAUCAGAUCGCCCCAGCCUACUGGAAACCCAACUCCCUCAUUUUGGUGUGCCAUAAGUGUCACACAGUCUUCCAGGACAACGACACCAAGCAUCACUGCCGUGCCUGUGGGGAAGGCUUCUGCGACGGCUGCUCAUCCAAAGCUGCGCCCGUCCCCGAGAGAGGCUGGGGUCUUGCCCCUGUCAGAGUCUGUGACGUCUGCUUCGAGCAGAGAGCUUCAUACGCAGAGCUGCUUGAGGCAGAGCUCGAGGAGGAAGAAGGCGGAACCCUCGCCAGGAAGGUUGGAGAAGCAGUGACCAACACCAUAGGGGUUGUGGUCACAGCUAUUGACAUCCCACUUGGCCUAGUGAAAGACGCAGCCCGUCCUGCCUACUGGGUGCCUGACCAGGACAUCCUGUCCUGCCACAACUGCCAGCGCGAGUUCACUGCCAAGCUGUCCAAGCACCACUGCCGCGCCUGUGGUCAAGGAGUGUGUGACGACUGCUCCCCGGAGCGUCGGCCUGUUCCAUCGCGGGGCUGGGACCACCCUGUGCGCAUUUGCACCGGCUGCAACCAGAAACCCGGAGAACUUUAACGGGCACAGCCUUCCUUCCUCAGAGCGCCGGAGAGAACCACUCACUCAGCUCGCAGUCUGUCACUGCUUUACCUCUGUUACUGUAAUGGUUCUGUCUUGUAUCUGUGGAAAGGAAGUUUUAGGCGCGUAUAUAUAUAUAUAUAUAUAUAGGGAUUUCAGAGUUCCUGUGGCCUUUGUAGAACAGCUAGAACAUGUGAGUUACUUGAAUGAAUAUUUUGAUUCUUCUUGACACAAAUCCCUAAUUUUAUGUUAAAUAAGGCUGUUGAGCUAUUUUUCUACUAUCAGAAAAUAUGAAAAAAAUGUAUCAUUUAAAGAUAUUAGUUAGCUGAGAACCCUGUGGGGUUGGUUUGAUUAGAUUCUAGCAAUUCGUAUUAUUGAGCAUUGUUUCUCGGAUGUCGUACAUGUAAUGGCAAGGAGAUAUUUUAUAUCCGCGCAGGUAUAACUGCAGGUUCCAUUGCAUGCUGUAUUGCAACAUUUUAGUUUUUGCACUAAGCCGUUCUCAGCUGUUAUCGGCUGUUGCUUACCAUGGCUAAAAUCCAGAUAUCCAGAUGAUCAAGUGGUCUGUCCCGAACUGAGCUGAAAUCUGUUACAGUAGGUCUAGAUUGUGGAUAUCUGGCGUGCCAAAAAUCAUUCAGGUCACUGUGUCCGUGCUGGUAUAAUGUUUAUAUUUUAUCAUGUAAUUUGUGGUUGUAUGAAGACAUAGAACUAUGUUAGAGGAGUGUACAUUAGAAAUGUUAAAAAAUUAUUUAUGUAUUGAAGAUCAAAAAAAAAAACUUAUUAGCACCCCGGCGUGCAUGACAGUCUGAGAAAUCCAUGGUCUAAACAUCACUAUCCCUUUAACCAAGCGGCAUUUUAGCGUAUACAUGUUGUAAAAUGUUUGUAUUUCAUCAUGUUAAAAAAAAAAUUCUUGAUGCCUUGAGUUUUUACUUGUUUUCUAAAUAUUUACAUUUGCCUGCCUGCUUGGUUGUAUGGAUAUUGCUUUGCAGAACUGAAGAAUAUCUAAAUAUGUCUUCAAACCAGUUUUACAAAAGACAUUCACACCUCCAGGUCUGACAGGAGAAAGGCUCUUGACAAAGGUCAACAUAUUUAUGUUCCGUCGUAGCUCUUCACAGCUUGUUUUUCCGUUAUUUUACAUCCGUUAUUAAAAGAUAUAGUAUAUUUUCUUUUUCUGAUUUUUGUUUGAAGUUAGUUACUGUACGGAUAUUUAUGUACUUUGUAGUGCCUGUAUAUGAAGCACCCUGUUUCCCUAUGUUGCUUUUGUAUGUGCAAUGUAUGCUCAAGUGUGACAAUGGUGAGACAUCAAACCAUAUUUAGUGACUGAGAGCUUUAACUUGUCCUGCAUCAUUGCUAGUUUUGAGUUUUUGAGUACUGAGAACGUUACAUCUGGAUGUCAUAAAGCACAAGGUGAUGCCUUUAACACAUGUUUGUAUUUUGUUGUUAAAAAUUAGAGAAAAAGGGUCUAUGUAGAUAAAGUUAAUUCUCCCUUUGCACCUAACAUGGAACUUUUAGGUUCUGAUGAGAAGAUGUUGUGUCUGCCUUGUCUCAAAAUAGAUUUAUCUGUCUGAAUGUUGCAUCAUACACACACACACACACACAGACACACACCCUGCUGAGAUGCUAAUAUUGCACAGUAUAGAAUAGGAAACACAACAUGGCAGAUUACUUGUACUGGAAUUCAUUCAUUCACAUGCAAAUGUCUGCAGUCUGUUGCUUCAGAUAGGCUUUGUGUUUUUUUAUGAAAUGCAUUUAGUGAUGUCCAGUUUUUUCGAUUAGGUCGGGCACUAUUGUCAACACUUCUCACCUACACACUAAAAACCAAGCAGGAAUGAUUGACACAUUUAAAUGCUGGAAUCUAACUUGAAGUGUUGAUAUGUGGAUACUUACUAAACUGGUGGAAGAUUUGCAUAAGAUUAAAGUUGCAUCAGCUCCCGUCUGUCAAAAACAUCA